AUGGAACCACAAGAUGAUGCUGAAAUGCAGCGUAGACAUGAGGAGGCAGAUGGAUCCCAUCCUAUACAUUCUGAUGACCAGGCACUGAUGCAUCUUGGCAAGAAGCCGAUGCUGAAGCGCACUUUCGGCUUCAUGGCCGUCCUUGGCUUUUCAUGCACCGUUCUUAUACCUGGGAAGGAGCACUUGUUAUUUGGACAAGCUCUGGUAAAUGGCGGCCCAGCCGGGGUUAUUUGGUCGUUCCUGAUUGACUGGCUCGACACUUUAACGGUGUUCGGGACUAUUUCAGAAUUGACUUCGAUGUUUUUUGCUGUCCUGACCCCGCUCGUCUAUUUUGCUCCGCAUGGAGACAGGUCCAUAUAUACUACCAUCUUGAAUGAAGGUAACUGGCAGACACAGGCACUGUCGUUCUUUGUCGGCCUACCAUCCUUUGGAUUUGUGUUAAUGCGGUCGGAUAGUGCUGUUCAUAUGUCAGAAGAAAUCCAGAGUGCGUCCAAGGCUGUGCCUCAGGCGCUGAUUCUAAGUCUUAUUAUUGUCACAUCGUACCUUGAUCCCGACGCGGGCUUUGGCUAUAACAGCCACAUCAUCAGUCCUUCUCUCCAAUCUCAGUAUUGCCUGCCUCUAUUCCUCAUACCUACUCACAUGCGCAUUCUUGCUUCGAACUCGACUUGUCGGCGGUAUAGGCGUAUCACACGAUUCAACGAGAGCCAUCCGGCCCGGGCAGUUGUACUGGGGACCCUGGCGGAUUCCAGAACCGCUAGGCACAAUUAA